UCGACCCUAAGUUAGGUUUCAGUUUCAAGUUUUAUGAAUAAUGUUGUUUGUAAAAAAAUACAGGGCUGUGUACAGAUGUGCUAUGAUGAUAAUACAACAUUGAUUUAGAUUUUGUUGUUUUUAGAAGGAAUGUGAUUUUUUCAUGAGGUCGAAACCAAGAUAAAGGACUCAUAAUAGUGUUGUAUAGACUAGAUAAUCCCUAAAAUGAAGCUGUACAAGCUAAUAGUUCAUACGAAAAAUUUCAGUGUGGAGGACUUGAUCAUAAAUCCUAAAGAUUUCCCUACACUGCGUAAAGGCGAUAUUGUGGAAAUCUAUCAUCCAGAAGACGAGUUCAGCCGUUUGCUUUUACAGAUCACAUCCUUCAAAGAGGACUUGCAGGGACGAGAAACUAUCAGUGUGGAGCAGAGCAUUGCCACUACGUUUCAACUAAGGACGUACAAUGAUGUGCACAUGAAUGUGGUCAGUCCUGAUACUGUGGCGUUGGACUCAGUAGAACUCAUCUUCAAAGACCAAUACUUGGGCCGUAGUGAGAUGUGGAGACUCAAAAAGAGUUUGGUGAACACUUGUGUUUACUUAAACAAGAAGAUAGAGUUCUGUGGAGGUAGUGUCCGCUGUCAAGUGUACGAGAUGUGGGCAAUGGGAGACAAGGUUGCUUGUGGGGUGAUCACUGAGGACACCAAGGUUGUCUUCAGAUCUUCUACUGCAAUGGUUUACUUGUUUAUACAGAUGAGUUCAGAAAUGUGGGACUUUGAUAUUCACGGAGACUUGUAUUUUGAGAAAGCUGUAAAUGGCUUUCUUGCUGAGCUUUUCCAAAAGUGGAAGAAACAUGGAAGUAACCAUGAGGUGACAAUCGUGCUGUUCUCUCGUCUCUUCUACUCGGCUGUAACUAUUGAAGACUUCCCCUUACAUAUGAGGAGAUGUUUGCAGCAGGAUUACAAGGGGAGAUUCUAUGAGGACUUUUAUAGGGUGGUUAUUCAGAACGAGAGGUAUGACGAGUGGGGCCACGUCAUGAUACAGUUGCGGCGGAUGUUCACGGACUACCAACGUACCAUGUUGGACUACCACUCAAGAAGCAGCUCGGACUGCCCCAAGGCCAGUAUAUCUACAGCAGCUCAGGGGAACUUCCUGGAAGUGCUGAACAUUUCACUCAACGUGUUUGAGAAGCACUUCCUGGAGCGAAGUUUCGAUCGUACAGGUCAGCUGGUGGUGGUGAUCACUCCAGGGGUGGGAGUGUUCAAUGUUGAUCGUGAGCUCACCAAUGUCACCAAACAGAGGAUCAUAGACAACGGUGUGGGGUGUGACCUGGUGUGUGUGGGGGAGCAGCCCCUCCACGCCGUGCCUUUACUCAAGUUCAAUAACAAAGAUGCCACAACUAUCGCAGAUGAUUAUAGCAUGCCUCACUGGAUCAAUUUAAGCUUUUUCUCAAGCAACAAGAGAGUCGCCUAUUCCACUUUUAUUCCUCGGAUCAAAUUGCCACCUCGGAAAACCAAGUCAAGUUCUCAAAGCUCCGGUGUGAGGUCUCGGAUCUUGUUUCUUGAUGACGACAGUUACACACCUACCACAGAGGAGGAGUAUGACGCUUACGAUGAUCAGGUGUUUGCUACUCCUUCCCCCCAUACUUCCAGUCUAAACAGAGGAAACAGACUGACCAAGAAGGCAAGUGUGUCUUUACUGGAAGGCACGCCUACUGCUAAGAUGAGUAAGCGCAAGCUAUCAGACCCUGAUAUUCACCACUUGGAAGGUGCUGGGUCUCCUCCGGUCACACCUGUUGCUGUCAAUAUCCCACCUCGGAGUGAGGAUGAUUCCACUGUCCACACCAGCUCUAGCGUCACACUCAACCCAGCUGAUGGUAAGGCUAAGGCAGAGGAAGGUCUGGUAUCAGGCAGUGUAGGGUCACCAGGUGCCGCCGGGUCACAAUUACCCUGUCCCUCCCCCGCCAGACCCGGCCGGGCCCUCAUCAAUCCUUUUGACCCAUCACAUGUCACCAUCAAGCUUACAAGCAACCGACGGCGCUGGUCUCACAUAUUCCCCAAAGGACCAACGGGCUUACUCAUUCAACAACACCAUUACCAGGCAGGACCACAAACAACUGCAAACAACAACAACGGCGAGCAACUCUGUAGACAAAGUAAUUCUCCUCCUCCGAGCGAACAACCCAGAGUCACAAGGUCUGCGUCACAGGCUGGACUCGUUGACAACAUGUUGAAGCCGAGGGCGAGUGUCGUGAGUGUCAGUGGAGGUCAGAAGAAGAACCAAGCACUGAUCUGGGGCGUGACAGGCGAGCAAGAGUGGACUCCUGCACUCACCACAGUGAGUCACACUGUUGUCCUACGUGUGACGUGUGUAGGGCCGAGGCCGAGCCUACUGUCGCUACCGAGUCACAACUUACAACGUAAGAGCAUGACGUUGUUGUGGGGUGCGACGGGUGAACAAGAGUGGACUCCUGCGUUGACCACAGUCUCCAAAGUUAUUAUAGGUGUGGAUUGGAAAUCUUUAACGAUACCUGCUUGUCUGCCGAUCACAACGGAUUAUUUCCCAGACGAAGUUUGUCUCAAGACUGACUAUGUGUUCUCCGAUUACAACCUUUUGCCGGACGAUGUCAAUGCGGAUUACGCUCAACAAAGAGCAAUCUACCGUAAACCUCUGUCAACUCCCGAGGUGUUUAGGGAAUUGGUGUCUCAGAGGUUGGCUCAGGGGUUUCAGCUGAUAGUGGAAGCAGGGUGUUCCAAUGGUGGAGGAGGAGUAGCUCCGGGCAGUGCUGUGGUAGGACCACGGCCUCAGGACAUACAGCCUUCCACAGAGUACAAACUGAGCAUUGGUAGAGUGUUCCAUCGCAUCGUACUCUGUGGCAGUGAGAUCAGAGUCACAAGAUACAGACCCAGGCACCCUUAUCCUCCGUUCAAUGUCCAUUACCACUAUCGUUUCCAAGCCCCGGACCAUCAGACUUACGAGAUGUCUUGGGUGAGCUUCAACACGGAAAAGCUAGAAACUUACAACUGGAACUACCUCGACCACUACAUCUGCACCCGUGGAGACACCGACUUUGCUCUAGCCGAGUCCCUCAAGUACUGGAGGUUCAGGGUUUACAUCCUGCCAGUCACCAGCUCAGGAGCAUCUCGCAAGAUCCUCGAGGGGUCCGAGUAUUGUGACCUGUACUCACCUCUGUCUCUCGAGGACCAGUCUCACAUCAGCGAGACUUUCCUGCGGUUCAUCGAGACUUGGAUCAACAAGAUCCGACGGCCAGCACAAAAGAAAUCACGGCUCGAGUUGGCAGGUCUGAACCAAGCUUCUCAGCUCACAAGACGCAGGCAUAGCACCGGAUAUAUGUCAUUUAAUUCUCAGACGAGUGUAGCUAACUCCCCGUUCCGAGAGCGAUUGGGGAGCAACCGCCUUCCGGAUAAGCCUAGACCAAGAUCAGGAUCCAAAGUGUUGGAGAGGGGCAGAGCUUCUCCUGCGAUUGACUCCGUUCCUUUACCAUCGAAUUUGGCUGAUUCAGAACAUUCCGAUUCUGUUGAUGAUACACUGUUGUUGGGAGGAGAGAUUCUAGUAGUGAAGGAGCCAGUAGUGCUGCUGGAGGUGGUGGAUCUAAUGAAACAUCACCUCCAUGGACUCACCUUCGUCAGCCCUCACACCAGUUUGCCGGGUCACGUGUUUGUCAGUGCAGACGCUGUAGCUUGGGUCAAGGUCCACGUGGAGAAUGUCACCACUUAUCAGCAAGCUGUCACUCUUCUAGAGGACUUGCGCAAAGAAAAAUUGAUCUGUCACGCAUCUGGAGAUUUCAGUCGACCAUUUAUCGUGGGUUUUCAUCUUUACCAUAUUGUUAACUACGACCCAAAUAAAGAUGAGCCCAAACCUCUCCGGGAUCUACAGAGUUUUGAGAAUGAGUGGCUGGAGGUGGAGGUGAAGCCACCACAACCUCCGUCAUCAGUGCCUCUGUUUCUGAGGGAAGAUCUGCCUUCGCACUGUCACGACGGACAACCAGGCGUCUUAGGUGCUCAGUACAAACACACACACCUGGAGGUGGAUGUGCAAGGCAAGAGUGACAGAGUAGAGUGGGGACAUUGCCGUUACCAGUCGGUCUACAGGCCAGACAGGGCCUACGAGCUGGUCAUACAGUGGAUGGCAGCAUCAGGGACGGUGGUCUGUGAACUGAUCUCAGGCUGGGCUAGAAAAGCCCAAGCCAACCAGCUGUUGAUGAUACCCAUCCCGCCUGACCCUUUCGCUCUCCCAUUCACAAUCAAGUCGGACGUCGUGAGGGGAGACCCGUCCAGGGGAGACCCGCUGCGAGGACCCGUCUUUGUACCACUGGAAACUGAGAGUCUGAUGGGAACCAAGAGCUACUUGUUUGAAGAAUUCCCUGAAGAGACUUGGGGCCAAAGGCUGGUGCUUUUCCAGGAAGCUAUUGCUGUCAAGUUUGGCUUCAUCGCCUGUUCUGCUGACAGUGGGUCUCAACAUCAUCAUCAUCAAUAUGUCCAUCUCACUGGUAAUGUGUUCCUGAUGAUUCCCUCGAUGUCUUGUGAGGGUUCAUCUUCUCGUAUCAGUUCAGCCUCGAGUUCGGCGCCGCGCAGUGUCAGGAGGUACCCGACAUACAACGAUGUGGCCAGUAGCCCACACCACGAGUAUAUCACACGGACUGCUCAUGAGGAUACCAAGGUUGGGUUUCUUUGGUCCUGGAACCACAUGGUGAGUCGUCGGUGGAAGUUUGUCAGUUCAACUCCAGCUAAGAGUGAUGAAGCGUUCCAGAACAAGUUGCUCAGUGACUUUCGUGCCUUUUGCUCCAACUCAAACAACAGACUAAAAAAUUUUUGGGAAACGUGCUGGGUUAUGCCAACGUAAAAUUACAUACUUUGAUGUCAUGAUCCAAAUGAAUGUUAUAGUGAAGUUACCUUUAGGUUUAAGUACUGAAAUACUCUUAGCAAAAUCAUAUGCAUUACGCUUGUAAAUAAUGUUUUGUACUUUUAAUACUUUUGAUUGAAAUAGCGAUCCUACCAAGGUAGGUAAUCUAAGCCAAGUAUGAAUGGAGAUGAGUGGCAUGAUCUUGUAGUCUUGUUACUGACUAAGGUGACAUGUUCCUUAGGUAGGACUGUUAAUUAAUAGCCCAUACAGCCAACUACGGGACCUACAGUUUAUAGUGGAAUCCAAACCACAUUUUUGCAAAAUUACAUUUUUGCCUUGUAAUUUACAAAUUGGUUGGUCUAUUGCAAUGUUUUUAUUAAA